GAUCCAAAGGCGCAAAUGGCGGCGAGUGACAGCGCUGACGAGGCUGUGGGAGGCCUUCUCGUUCCACAAGAUGAGGCCAACUCCUUGACCCUCCUGUCCGCCCUGCUUCGUGUGUGGGAGGAUCAGAAGGAGACCCUCGGUUGGGAGGAGGGGGGCAGCAAUGUGGAGGGGAUCAUGAUUACCAGCGUGCGGCAGGAGCUGUCGCAGUAUGCGGCCAUCCAGCAGCUCAAGCGGAAGAAAUUCGCCAGGCUGCUGCAGGUAGAACGACCCACCUCGAGGGAACUUACCUACACAGAUCUCUCUGUCUUCCCUCCCCCUGUGCCUUUCUCCGCCUUGUGUGCAGGAGGCCUUCCUGCUUCCGGACGGCCAUCCAUCCAAGGCGGCCCUCGAGCACACACCCGUUGAUUUCCUGCGCUACUGGAGCGGGAUGGAGAUGCUCAUUCUCUCCGCACGAAGGGUGGCCGUCGCCUCGGGGUGGCAGCCGGCAGGGGACCCUGAGGGCAGCAACAAGGGGAAUGAGGACGGCAUCGACCUGCUUAGAGGCAUACGGGCGUUUCGAGAUGGUACGUAGAGGGGAUUCUGCUCAAGUCUAAGUCAUACUUAGUCUACUCUCUCUAUUUGGGUGUGUGUGUGUGUUUGGGGUGAGGGGACUCAGCCAUCCUUCGUGUGGCUUUCAAGUCGUCGCCUCCCCGGGAGGCGCUGCUUGCUUCGGAAGUGCUGUGCGCACUGCAAGAGGCCAAGUGAGGCUGCUGGCCCCUCCACACUCGGAUGUCUCUGAUGGUGGGGGAUAUGCAGGUCGGUCUCCCGCCUUCACAAUGAGUACUGGGACGAGAUCGCCAGCGGCGUGUCAGAGCCCAGCGGCUCUGCUGAAGGAACGUACGGGGUCUCACGCUCACUCCACUACCUGGGUUACCUUCCUGUCUGCAUGCCUGUGUGUCUGCAGUGUGUGGCAUUUGUGGGAGCUGGCCAGCUGUGUGCUUGAUUGGGUGCGGGAGUUCCUCGAUAGCGUGACCACAGACGAGGAGGAGGGGGAAGAGGAGACGCCAUCGCCGCGGCGAAAGAAGGGCGCUGGGGCGGUCAGCGACGCGCCGGCAACGGACACGGAGAACUCACACAGAGGUGCCCUGCGAAGUCAGCCCACAGCACACACAAGAUGCAUCAAUAUGCCAGAUGCUCAUUCUUGAGUGUCUCCCUCCAUCUGCCUCCAGCAUGUGACACGGACGUUGAGUCCUCCGCCAUCUCAGUGGCAGACAUCCCACCACGAGACACCACCAGCGCCCCCGCCCCUGCCCCCGCCGCAGGGCCCUCCUCCCUCUCCCGGUUCAUGGCCACGCUUGCAGAGAGAUCACACAAACCAACAACACAAGAGACGACACAACGGCAGCAGAGACACCACACCGCCGCCGCACCCAAGCCAUCCCGCAACGCGUCCCACGCCACAACGGAGGAGAGCCCUGCACCGAUGAAGGGCUGGAAGGUGCGGGCGGGUGUGCACCACGUGGCCUUUCUGUUCGGCGGGAGGGUGCAUUGGGCCUUCACGCGGCUGCUCACACACGGCAGAAGAAGGGCCAAGACAUACGGAGAUGGAGGGGGUCGUGGUGAAAGGGGCGGGAUGGCAGCUGGAAGGAUGGCGUCUGUCGGACAGAUGAGAAGCGAUGGAGAGGCCAGCGCGUCCGAUAGCUACGGUUGGGUUGUUUGACCACUCUGUAUGAUGCUCGUAUCUCUCUUCUCGUCUUCAGAUGAGUGUGCGGCUGGCCCAUCACAGUCACAAGGACACGCGAGACACACUGCUGCUGCUGCUGCUGCUGCUGUCGCUGCCGUGUUGGAGCAGGCAGGUGUCAGCGGCGAGCAGCUGCAGGAGCUGUGGAGACGACGGACUCUCCUGCCACUCACGUGAGAACCACUAGCCUUCUCCUUCUCACGAUAGACAUCCCUCUGUCGAUGGGUGCAGGUUAGCCGAGAGUGUCACUCUCUGCCUCAGGAGAUAUUUCGGCACCUGGCGGACGCAUUCAUGGUCAGCAAACGUCUCACGAUCCCAUUUGCCGGCCCUUGCAUCCACCGCUUCUCCCUUUUGUCCAGGCGCCAAUUGAUGACGGUAGCGUCGUCGCAGUCCGCACCCUCCCGCCUCACUGCCGCCAAGGCUCCUGGUGGGCCAGGCUCACCCAACCGAUUUGCGUGGGCCCCGCCUGCUGUGGUCAGCCACACAUCCAGACACAUCGGGGGGAGACACACACACACAGAGGGAAGGUUUGUGUCUCGGUGUGUGUGCAGGCGACGGACUCGCCGCAUCCCUCGUCAUUGUCAGAGUCGUCGCGUCAUUCGUCUGACGAGAGGCACCAGGCCGCUCAGCCGCAGCAGCAGCACCGUACUGUGGGGGCAGAAGCAGGGCGUGACAGGAUGACCAGACGGUCGCUCGAGGAAGAGCUGCAAAUACUGGUACGGGGGUUACAUUGCACUUGCCAGGGUGUGGUGUGUGGGUGAUGUGAUGUCUCUGUGUUGUAUGUUGUGUGUGGCAGACUGCGAAUCUGUUUGCGGGCCGGGGCGCUGGCGUUGGCGAUGGGAUGCCUCUGAUCAUGUGAUAUAUGGUCCAUGGACCGAUGUUAUGUGCUGUGAGUUGAGCUGGACAGAUUUGUUGGGGCGUUUGUGUUGCGAGAGAGCGGUUACGU